AUGUUCAAUGUAUUUUCGUAUGAUCAAAAAUUAAAAGAAAGAACAGAAAAAGAAAAAGAAAUUCAGAAAGCAUAUAAACUUAGACAAAGAAAUUUAAAAAUAAGGAAAAAGCUCAACGAUAAUUAUGAUCAUAGAAUCAGCCAAUUUAUUGUCAGUAUGGUAAAAAAUCCUAUACAAAUCAAUGUUUAUCAAAAACCCCUUGAAACGGCUGGACGAACAACAGAUCCAGCUAAGUUUAAAGGUCACGCUCAUCUUAUACUAAAAGGCUAUCAAUCUGAAAGGCAAAGACUCGCCAAUUCUAUGAGGCAUAACCAAUUUUUAAGCUCAGUUCCAUUAAAUCUCUUACUUCUUUCCCAUGUUUGCUUGAUCAACGAUGCAGUUUAAAAAAAAAUAUAUAAAAAAUUUAAUAUUAACCUAAAUUUUUCAAUCUAAAUUUUUUUUAUAUGCUAGCCGAAUGCAAUGAAAGCAAAUAUGUUAGAAAUCGAGUUGAAAUUGCAUAUUAUCGAUUAUACAGUAAAAUGUCUAAGAUUUAUUACUAUUAAAGAUAGGUAACUAGAUUUCAGAUUGGGUUUUCUUUUUUUGCCGUCUAAAAAGCGUUUGAUCAAGGAUAGGGCUAAUUUUCCAAUUUCUAAGAAAUUUUCAAUUCUGUUGUUCGAUCAAAUAUAGGAGGAAUUAGAAAAAUGGCGAGAUAGAGAUGAAGAGAAAGAGCUCAAUGAAAGAAUGUAUUUUAAACCCAGAACUAAUUUAGAAAGGGUUAAAGAUGAGCUAAUGACAAGGCAUAUAGAUAUCAGAGAAAUAGGCGAUGAAUAUAAAAAUAAACCCAAGCCAAAGCUAGAGUUAAAAAAAUCAGUUUCAAGUGAAGAAGAACAAAAAAAUGAGAAAAUUGAAGAGCUGGUAGGGCCAAAAGAAAUAUUUGCAAGUCUUCACUAUAAAACCUAUUUCAAAAGUGUAAAAAGCAUCUUAACCACUAGAAGUUUGAAUAGCUUGAGCAAUAGUUCUCCAGAAUUCGAUCCUAGAAUCAUUAAGGAAAUCAGAAAAGCAAUGAAACCAAGUGAUCUUAAACCUCAAGAACUCCCUAUUUUAGCUGCUGAGUGCUUGAAGUCAUGCGAUGUACAGAAAGAACCUAAAGAAGGGUUUUUAAGAGCUGGGCAAGGGAAAUUGGUAGGAAAUCCUGAGAUUUCUGUUUAUGAGACAUAUGAACUUCUUAAUCGAAUUUCUAAAUAA